AUGAGGCAUUCGGCGCCCACUCACUGGGUCGUCUGGGCCUGUCUGAUUUGGCUGGCCGUGGUGGCCACUGCAGCCUCACUCGGGGAUUCGGAUACAACAGAUGCCAAUGAAGUUACGAGCACAUUUCAGGCACGCGGCACCAAGCCAUUCAUGCUUCGGGUCCUGCCACUCGGCGCGUCAAUCACUCAAGGAUAUAAAUCUCAAGACGGCAAUGGAUAUCGGAAAUGGCUUCGACAACAGCUGCGCUAUGCGGGCUGGGAGGUUGAUAUGAUCGGCAGUAGGAAAACAGGCACCAUGCACGAUAAUGAUCACGAGGGCCACGUUGGUUACAGGAUCGACCAAGUGGCCAAGAUUGCAAAGAAGAGUCUCAAGCAAAAGCCCAAUCUGAUUUUGAUCAAUGCCGGUACCAAUGAUGGCUUGCAAAACUACAAAGUAGGCACCGCGGGAGAGCGAAUGGACUCCCUCCUGACCGAGCUGUACGACGCAGUCCCGGGAACCACUAUCAUUCUAUCGACUCUGAUUCCGAACGGCAAAAAGCCCGUCCCUAUCAGCAGUAUCAGCCAGCAAUACCGUGAUCUUGCUGCCAAACGACGCGCUCAGAAUGACAGCCUAGUUCUCGCCGAGAUGAGCACAUUCAUCAAGUCGACGCAAUUGGUUGAUGGUAUCCACCCAACAGCCGAUGGAUAUGAGGAGAUGGCGGCCGUGUGGUGGGCAGCAAUCCAGGAGGCGGAUACAGAAGGGUUUCUGAGGGCACCGGCAUCGACAGCCACGAGUAAUGGGACGAUCAGCAAGGCCCGUGAAAAGGCCCUUGAUGACAGUACUGAUGACCCCGACUUGCCUGCUUAUACUGCCCCGGCUCAGCCUACUGGUUCAAGCAAUGGUCAAGUAAAGGCUGCCCAGAUGGAUUGUUUAUUCUUGGCCCUUCCGGCUGUACUCGGUAGGUUGACAUCACGCACACCAUACCCACAGCUUGCUAACCAUGCGCAGUCAGUUUUACAUUAG